UGCGGUUCUGAUUUCCAGGAAUGACUUGAAGCGCUUUGCUCGCAUUUUCGGGGAAGCUUGCGCAAUGGCAAGCCGUAAAAGUCCUGAUAUUCCUUUUGCUGGAGAACCAGACACAGGUCUAGAUGAAACCCAGCGAAAGAAAAGUGUGCUUAUUACAAAUGUUCCACCGGGGACAAAAGAAGWARAUUUSAUCAUUCAUUUCCAAAAGRMAAGCAAUGGCGGAGGAGAAGUCGAAGACGCCAAGAUGWUGGAAGAUGGCAAAGCUSUUGUGAUCUUCGAUGAAGAAGAAGGUAUUUUCUUUAGUCAGCGCUAAACUGGAUCCAUCGCGCUUUACCGUCGACUUGAAAGAGCUUAAUGAACUUCUUGUCAAAGCUCAAGAGGAAACAGGCGUGAAUUUUCUCGAGACGUGUGAGGGGUUUUUGGUAUCAGGGACGUUAGAACAAAUAGAAAAGUCAUGCUUGUUUUUGUCAAGAUAUGCUAAACGUGCUACUCCUGUAACAGAGAAUUCAGACAAUCUACAGMAUGUUCACCGCAAUGACCAUCCCCUUAGUGAUUCGGAUGAURAGGAAAACGCUCUCAAGACGUUGGUCUUGGACGUUGAACCCAAGCUGAUGCAAAUUCUUCAAAUAAAAGUGAAUGAAAUUGAGAAAAAAUUCAAAAUGAAGAUAGACUGGAAGAGUGAACCAGGUAAAGCACAUUUGAGUCCCAAUGGAAAAGAUGCCAAGUUAUUUGAAGAUGGUAAAGAAGAGUUUAUCACACUUUACCAGAAAGAGUUCCCAGAUUUACAAGAAAAGGACUUUCCAUUAGAUGCUGGCAAGAGCAUUGAAGAUAUAGAUUCUACUGUAAAAGCACUGAUGGAAGAAUUUGCUGUGGUCAUUGAAAGAAAAGACGACAAAAAUGUUCAUAUAUUUGGGAAAGAAAAUGAUGUGGCACAAGUAAUGCAGCAGUUGCAAGGCAAAUUUGGAAAACGCAGAGGAAGAAAGCUCUAUAAAGCAUCAAGUAAUGGUGAACUGCCGAUGCCUGACACCUAUGCACAAGCUGCCAUGCUACCUCUGAGUAAAACAUUGGACAAUGGAGUAGUGGUGUCUGUCCAUCAAGGGGAUAUUACUAGAGUACUAGUUGAUGUUAUUGUAAAUGCAGCCAAUGAGAGCCUUGCGCAUGGAGGGGGUGUUGCAGGAGCCAUAGUAAAGCAAGGGGGUCAACGAAUACAACAGGAAUCAGAUGCAUUAGUUAGAAGAUACGGAUGUGUUCCUGUAGGUCGGGUUGCAUAUACUGGCCCAGGGAAUCUUCCUUACAAGCGUAUCUACCAUGCCGUAGGUCCACAAUGGAGAGUUCAUGGUGAAGAACGUAGUCGACAUUUUAUUUAUGAGGCGUGUAUGAACAGUUUUGAACAAGCAAGCAAACACAGAAUGGCUUCCAUUGCCCUUCCCGGAAUAAGUUCUGGUAUAUACGGCGUGCCAAAACACGUUUGCGCAGAAAUGAUGUUUGCUGCCGCAGAGAGCUUCGCAGCUGAUGCAUCAAGUGACAACCAACUGAAGGACAUCCGGUUUGUAAACAUAGACACUCCAACUUACGAAGCAUUUCAAAGGGAGUUUCACAAUCGUUACAGCUUGAUGACGAAGAAAGACGCAGACCUUGGAAGUAACCUUAAAGACGAAGACGCGCUUGGUCUUUAUCCUCAAGCAGGAAAAGAAAGAAAAUACAAACGGAACACCAACCAGCAGAUGUUUGACUCGACAGGAAGGACAGAUCAAGUGGAUAGCAUUGAAGAACGUGAGCGCAUAAAGAGGGCGGCUGCGGCUGCAGAUGCUGCGGCUCGAAGGAUGGAAAGGGAGGAAAAUGUGGAGAAGCAGAAUAACAAUGAGAAUGAGAAUAAAGUGUGUCCCAAAAAUAACAUGCAAAAUCAAUCAAUUGAAAGCCAACCAGAACAAGAUGUGAUCGUCCUGCUUGAAAAGCUGGAAAUUAAUGAUGAUCAUUCUAAAAGAGAAGAUACAGGAAAGAUGGAAACGAAUGAGAACAAUACCCCUGAAAUAAUUAAUGUAAAAGAAAAGGAAAAAGUUAGCAAUAUAACUAAAUCGAUGGACACCGACACAGAUAUCGAGGAUGCAGAUGGUAAGAAAGCUGUUCCUGAAAUCCUCAAUGAGGCUGACGAGUCUUCACGUCUGAAAGAAAGGCCUUGUGAACAAAGUUAUUCUGAAAUCAACAACAAAUCACCUGGGGAUGGAAUAAAAGCUAGUGAUCGAGAAUUAUCCGGAAAAGGAGCUAAAAAAACCUCCAAGUUAUGUGGACGUGGAAGAGGUGCUCUAGCUUUUACUCCAACGCUUACAGGUACAAUGCCUGGACGUGCAGUCAGACAGGAUCCCUACAAUGUAAAUGGUGACAGUCGAACAGAUGAGGACGAACCAUCAGAAGGUGAUUGUAAAGUACCACCGGGGCUAAAAGUAAGCGAAGAAGGCUUGAAGCUUGCCAACACGACAAGAAAAAGGAGCGAGGAAAGAAAAUUAAGUCAGGAAGAGGAUAGUGUAAAUGCCAGAAAGAAGCAUCUAGAAAGCGAGCCCAAAGAUACAAUAGAUGGCGUUCCUCCUAAGAAAGCUAAAGUUGAUGAAAGGACCGAAGAAAAAGAAGGCGGAGGAUCAGCAAAACAUGGAGAUACCAUGACCAACAUCAACGAAAAAUAUGAGGACCCAGCAAAUGGUAAAAGUGAGAGAGACGAUGAUAAAGAAGAAGUCAAAGAAGAAAUAAAAACUGAUAUGUCUGGGUCUGAUGAGUCUUAUGCGUCCAAGGAAGACUCCAAUUCGAACAAAGAAAAUAACGAACAUGACAUCGUAUAUAAAAGUGAAAACGUCUGUGAUCAGGAAAAGAAAGAAAUCAAGUCUAAAGAUGACCAUCUGAACAACAAUCAAACGGAAAAGAUCAGUGGGAUGCAUGCUGAAAAGGAAGAGGAAAGCAGUGCUACAUCUGGAGGAACAACUGAUUCUAAGGAACCAAUGGAUUCAAAAUUGAAGUCUGAUGGUGAUGGCCAAAGUUCAGAUCAUUACGCAAAACAGGAAAUCAGUGCUGUGCMUGAAAACGCAACUGGACCGAARCCUUUGUAUCCCAACGCCGAGGAAAAUGGUGAUGAUCAAAAUAUUCAUAAAGACGCAAAAGAAGAAAUCAUUGAUGCAUCCGCAAAAGCAACUGAACUUAAGAAUCUCUUGGAUUCUAACGUCGAGGAUAGUGCUGAUGAUCAGAAUUCUCAAAARGAUUCAAAGGACGAAAGCARUGUUGCAUCAUCUACGAAAGCAGACGAUCCUAAGGAACAAGUGGAUUCCAACGUCGAGGACUAUGGUAGUGAUCGAAAUUCUCAUAAAGAUUCGAAGGACGAAAGAAGUGUUGCAUCUGCAGAAGCAGCUGAACCUAAGACACAAACGGAUUCCAACGUCGAGGAAAAUGGUAAUGAUCAAAAUUCUCAUAAAGACUCAAAGGACGAAAGCAGUAUAGUAUCUGAAGAAGCAACUGAACCGAAUAACCCUUUGGAUCCUAACGUCAAGCGUGGUAGUGAAAGUCAAGCUCCUGACCUAGAAGCAAAAAACAACAGCAAAGAUGUGUCUUCAGAAGCGGCCGAUCCUAAAAAACCUUUGGAGCGUGAUGGUGAUGGCGAAAGUUCUAAUAAAAAAGCAGAAGAGGAAAGCAACACCGAGUCUGCAGAAGCGAUUGAUCCUAACAACGUUUCAAAUUUUAGUGCUGAACCAGAUUCCAUGAAUUCUUUUGUGUUGUUGGAUAUGCCAAGUGUAGAUCAUGACAGCUCAAUAAGACCUGAAAAGACGUCARGAAGCAGCGACGAGUCAAGUGAGAGCAUCGAACUUCUUAAUUCAGAAGGAGAUGGAUUUUCUGAUACUUCGUCUUCAAGCCCUGUCAUUGAGCAAGGAAGUGACCUCGCCAAGCCAUCUGGUGGUGACCUCGAUAACUCCAACACCUUGAGCAAUACACUCUACGAGGUAAAUCCUAUAUCAGACUCGCAUACAAAAGCAACRGGGRAAACGGUUGGRUCUGCWGUGRCGRACAACAAAGACCAAAGUGYUGAAAAUAAUGCWACGGAACUUGAAGGUGGGGCUGGUAGCUMUAGURUSCACCAAGAAGCCRAUAAUACUGAGAGUAUUAUCAAAGACAAUGAUCAUCCAAAAAAAAUAUCAUCAGUGGAAGAMCUAUCUCAUGAUAACGUUGCAGCAGAUACAGUGAAAAAAGCAGUCAACUCGGAUAGCGAAACCACUUCCGCCAUAUCAAACGAAAAACAAGAAUGUGGAGUUUGCUUGUCUACACUUGAUUCAGCUCAACUUUUAAGGAUUUGUGAUUCUGGUCACGCAGUCUGUAGAAACUGCUUCGAUAACCUACAAAACGCUGAGCUUAACAGUGUUUGUCCAACUUGCCACAAAGUUGUCCCUAGAAUUGCGCUACAGCCUCCAAAUGGUCAAAUGAAGUCUGGUAUUAUAGAAAAAGGUUUGGUGGGUUACGAGAGCUGUUCUACAAUAUAUGUCGACUAUGAAUUUCCUGAGGGAACACAGGGCCCCUUUCAUCCAAACCCUGGCACUCCUUACGACAAACUUUCUAGGAGGACAUUCCUUCCUGAUAACGAAGAAGGCAGGRRAGUGUUAGAUCUUCUCAAGAAAGCAUUUGAUGCUAGUAUUCUCUUCACUGUUGGUAAAUCUACGAUCAAUGACAAGGAUAAUCAAAUCAUAUUCAACGGGGACAUAGAUCACAAGACUAAUGUCAAUGGUGGACCCAAAGUAAGUGGUUAUCCAGAUCCAGAUUACCUCGACMGAGUAAAGAAACAGCUAAACGCCAAGGGAAUCGAGUCAAUAAGUCAAAGGCCACCAAGCAUUUAAAUUGUUAUCGUAUCUUUCAAAGGAUGUUUUUCAAAAUCAGUGGUAAACACAUGCAUAUUAUACACCAACACCAUUGAAAGACGUUUCCACAUAUAGUUUGUAUAUAUGUUAUGCGAGUGAUAGUCAAAUAUCUUGGGCCUGUCUUGGAGUCUUGUUCCUCUAAAGCAACUGGUUAGCACAUCCACUUUUUACGAUCAACGGCAACAGCGAGAACAGUUGUAUAAAAAUAUGUCCAUUUUGGUUAUAAAAUGCAUGCCUUUAAAGUGGAUUUUACCAAAAUUCAGAGCCAGUCAUUUAAUCUAAAAAGCAUAGUUUCGGCCAUUUCACACUAGGAGUAUAUUCGAAAAUAACGCACGCAAAGCGUCUUUCUCUGGAUUAUAGAGCGCCUUGGCCAGCCGCAGAUUGCUUUCUUGUAUCUAUAAWUSAAUGAAAUAAUCGAAAACCGCACGGCUUUAUCUAGUUGGAUAGAUUGAGUUCAAAAACAGRGUUCAUUAUAUAAGGCAAUAAUGGACCGUUCGAUGUUUUAUGGUUCUUUCCCAUAAGAAUUAUCAUUUGUUKAAUAACCAGCCCCGACGUGAUGCCAUUGUUGAUAAUUGCACAGAUCCGUGAUUUAGGAACAAUGGAUUUGGAUUUUGUAAUGGUUUGAUUUGAAUGUCGCCGGGACAGGUCUUUAUUUUUGAAAUAUAGAACUGAACCGGGACAUUAUUGAGGAUAACAACCGCAUUACAAUAUGGGAUUGGGGUGUGGCUGGUUAUUAAAGCUUGAAAGAUUUAAUAAUAAGUUCACAGUGUUACUAUAGAGGCUUUGCACCAUCACAUGAUGGCAGCCAUGACAGGGGGCAGGAACAAUUGAAUCUGGUCUAAUCUGAUUUAUAUUAGAAAGGAUUCAGUUUCCCAGGGGGAAAAGACUCUAUUGUUAUGCCCCCUGUCAUGGCUGCCAUCACGUGAUGGUGCAAAGCUUGUAUUAUAAAAGAUUGUUUUUUUUUCACUUCUACUUAUAAGUUGCCAUCACAUAUUGAAUAACCACUAGAGAGCGACCUAGCUUAUGUCUCUUUAAUUCUGAGUAACGAAGCUGAAAGCCACUGCAUAUUUGUGA